AUGAGAAUCGUAGUGACCGGUGCUGCGGGUCGCUUGGGUUCUGCGAUCGUGCGACACCUCACCAGCCUCAUGUCGGCCUUCGACUUGGUGCUGGCCGUGCACAGCCCCGACCUGGCGCCCGAGUGGCUCAAGCGGUGCGGCGCCGGGGUGUGUGCGGUCGACUACGCCCGGCCGCCGACGCUCGAGGCCGCCUUCGAGGGGGCCAACGUGGUCGUGCUGGUGUCCCAUCCCUCAAUCGAGAUCGAGCCGCGGGUGGAGAUGCACAGGAACGUGAUCGACGCGGCGGUCAAGAAGGGCGUCCGGCACAUCUUUUACACCUCCCAGGCAUUUGGGGGCAACCUCGAGUCCACGAGCCGGGCGCACGUCAUGCAGGCCCAUCUGGCCACCGAAGCGUACCUGGCCUCCAUAGCCUCGCCUUUCCCCCCUUCAUCUUCAUCUUCGCCAUCUUCCACUGCAUCUUCAGUCAACUCUAAGUCAUCUUCAUCUUCCGAGACUCAUGGCGUGACCUACACGAUCAUGCGCCAGGGCAUCUACUCAGAGUCCUACCCGCUCUACUUGGGCUUCUUCGACCCCGAGCACCCCGCGGCCGAGGUCGCCCUGCCCGAUGACGGCGGGCGCGGGGUGACCUGGGCAGCGCGCGACGACCUGGGCGAGGCCAUGGCCAAGCUGGUCCACUGCUACGCCUACGAGGCCGAGUGCUUCCCCUUCAUCAACGAGACGGUGCUGCUGUCGGGUCCCGAGGCCCUGUCGCUCGAGCGGGUGGCCGAGGUGGUGGGCUGCCUGCUCAACAAGACGAUCGCCAUCAAGCGGGUGUCGUCAAUCGACGACUACAUCGAGCGCUACGGCGAGGCGGCCAGGCGCGACCCUCGUGUCGGGAACCACAUCAGGGAGUGGGCCACUGUCUACGAGGCCAUCAGGGCAGCCGAGUGCGAGGUGCUGACGCCGACGCUGGAGGACUGGCUCGGCCGCCCGCCUGAGUCGUUCGAGGAGACGAUCAAGAAGACCCUUUUGUCGAGUAGGCAGACCCAGGAGCGCUGA